CGACGAAGAAGGGGGCGCAGUCUCCGUCUUCAUCUUCAGCUGCGCCUCCGAUAGCCAGGCAACUUCACAUUUGAUGGCGGUCCACUGGAAGAGCUUUCCAACUAGAGCGCCGGCCAGAGUGAAGCUCAGACAUGGUCAUGCGCGAUAUACUCAAGAUACCGCGUCAAAUUGAACACUUGCUGCAAGGAGGUCAAGAUUUUCCACCUCAAAUCGUCCAAAAGCCUCUCCAGAUUCGUCCUUUUCAGCUACCCUACUGCCCGGGUCACGAGGACCAAGAGUCCAUCACUGAACGACAUGAUCCCGUCAAAUGCACAGCGAGCCAGAGGGAAAGACAAGCAAAUCCGAAUAUCCGGGAAUCGGGCCAAAACGGGCUGCGUGACUUGCAAGGUCAGAAGAGUGAAAUGCGACGAGGUGAAGCCAAAUUGCAAACGCUGCACCAACACCGGCCGCAAAUGUGAUGGCUACGAGCAGACGAGCCAGCCCUUGGACUACAACGACGCUCAGCACAUUGGCAGACCAGAUCGCCAACUGUCCCCUUUUCCCCGAAAAGAUCACAGUGCCUGGGAGUACUACUAUCAUCGAGGCCGCCACGACAUAGCCGGCUGCUUCGGCUCGACGUUCUGGGCAGGCCUGAUCAUGCAAAUGAGCCAGAGUCAAAGUGCCGUGCAUGAUGCCAUAGUGUCCAUCAGCAUCAUGCACGAAGCAAUUGCCCGCCGCGCCAGCGACAGACAGCGUGGUAGUCUGGGGGGCAGGCCAGAUGUCUUCUACACGACAGCACUGUCCAAGUACAACAAGGCAGUGCGAACGUUGAACCUGGACAUAAGCAGCCGGAAGACGGGAGUUGCCUUUCUGACUCUUGUUUGCUGCAUUCUGUUCGUCACCUUUGAAAUGCUAAACUCGGAACACGACAUGGCCGCUCGGCAUAUCGAAUCGGGGUUGGAGUUGAUUGCCAUCGAACUUGAACAGGCGCGACAGCAACAGAGCUCUGGGACGGAUCUGCAAACACCUGUCAAAAGCCUAGAGCUGAGCAUGACGUCGACUCUCGCACCGAUAUACAAUCGCUUGCUGGUUUCUCUGUACUUUUCCGGCAGGCCGACAAAACUUCUGGGCAGUGCCCCAACACCUGCUUUGUGCGCGCUACCAGUCGCCCCAAAGUCCUUCUCAGAGGCACGCCAGGGUCUCAUGAAGCUGACCACAGGCAUUCUGAAGUUCAUCCACAACGCCAGCGACCAGAGAUACUUUGGGUCGGCGGAUGGGUCACUUCUGGAGGCCCAAGCUGAAUGGAUGCAAUCUUUAAGGGUGUGGACCGAUACGCUUGUUGCCAUGACGGAGACUUUGGGACUACUCAAUAGAGAGCAGAACAUGUCAAUGCUCCUUCUAUUUGGUCAGUCCCUCACAGUGAUGAUCCUGCUUUCGACAUGUCUCGUGGCGGGGGAGACAGCGUUCGAUGCGCACUUUUCACAGUUCCAGAGAAUACUGGACGUCUGUGGUGCCUACAUGGAGUUGCAGGCAUCGACGACGGGUACAAGCGAGCAGGUGCCGACUUUCACCUUGGACAUGGGUAUUAUCCCUCAGCUCUACUUUGUCGCCACCAAAUGCCGUCACCCGGUACAACGCCAGUCGGCCAUCGGCCUCCUCGCGGGAUACAGCUGUAAAGAGGGUAUGUGGGACCCAACUCUGUACCUCGGCCUCGCGAGGCGGGUAGCCGAGAUUGAAGAGGCAUCGUCGGCUCACCCCGGGCGAGAUCUACCACCGGAACAUGGUCGACUAUGGUCCGCCACGGUGAAGCCAAGUCGACGCGCAAGUCGCCCCGUCUUCAGGUUCUCCUACAAACCAGUCGAGAUGGGCGGUCGCGGAUUGACGUGGGAGGAGUCGACCAAAUCGUGACAAGAGGAGGACGGAGUGUGGACUGGACGACGGAGGAGAAUGCAGCAAAGGCUACCAGCUGAGGAACGGUGUGGGAAACGCUAAAGAGAUCAUUGUGAAACCGCUUUUUAUAGACGGCCUGUGAAAUAGAGAGGGAUUUGAGAAGAUAGCGAAAAUAGCCUUUCGUAGCAAAUUGAAUGACUUGCCUGAC